UGUGCCUCGAUGUCUCUGUAGAGGGGUGUGUAUUUCAGUCUAGCCUGUCUGCCCUGCCGCUCCCUCCUUCUCGCGCUCUCUUCCUCGUACACUCCCUCUCUUCUCACUGUGAGAGGAGAUAGUUGCUCUGACAGGGAAACUGCUUUUCUGCUCUGGCACAAGUGGGACUUCCAGGUGGGACCUUUCGUAUGUCUGUGGCAGUGGGUUUCAGACUCAUUGGCUCUCAUUUGGGUUUACAAGGAUAUAUUCCACCUGGAUCCUUUAACCUUUAAAGUGACAGCAAAUGCUUUUGAUCCACACCAUCACUGAGGCUGAAAUGUGAGAUCUAAGAGAGACCAAGUUACUGAUUGUGAUUCAGAGCUCCUAAUUGCUUUAAGAUUGCCACAGAUUGGAAUCAGGACGUGAGUCAACAACAACCGUACUUGUGACUUUGUGAAUGAAUGAGAAUGGUAAAGGCACUUGCUCAAGCUUUUUUGAGGUUGCUGUGGAUUCUCACCUUGGCAAAGUGUAAGAUCCCAGGUAAGGAUAAGAUCUCCCUAUCCUCUUUGAAAGGUAGUAGUGCAAGAAUUGUCAAGAUAGGCUCAUGGGUCAAGGGUCAAGGCAUGGGAUGUCUUUAAUGUGACUGUGCUGCGCCUCUGAGUGAGGAAACAAAUAAUCUGACUACUGUAUGUCUUUAAAUACUUCCAUUUGAUCUAAUCUUAAGAUACAUCUCUAUCUAAAAGCAUUCCUUACCCCAGGACACUUCAAUGGGUGACUAUCCAGGGAAAUAAAGACAUACGUGCUUACCUGGCUCUGAUGGAGGUGAUUACGCUGAAACGUAAACAUGUUUGUAUGUUGUGUCCCGUCAAUAAAUAAUCAGAUCUAUGCAGAAACAAAGUACUCCUUUUUCUUUCUUUGUGUCCUGGGGUAAGGAAUGUUUCCCUUUUUGUUCAAACAGGGCUGAAGUGGGUUUGGGUACACUUUCUUUCUCUACAUCUCUUGUUCAUGGAACAGGUGCUUUUUGCAUUUUGGGUCCCUUUCACUGCACAAGAAAUCAUAGUUCCUCUUGGCAAAACUAAAACGAGACUAUUUUAACAUGUGGUCAUAGGGAUUCUCCAUGAGACAAAUCCAGUGUAAAGUAUUAGUUUAAAGAGAAUGGUUUGGCCAGGAGUUUUUUUAAAAUACAAACAACCAUUCAUAUACAAUAUAAAUUACAUAUUGUCACUGCACUGUCCCUGUAGCUUGUUGUUGAAGUCCCUAUCCAUCCUCAGCAAAUCUGAGGAUUUAUGAAGUAAAAACAUCCUUCAAUGCAAUGCUGAGCCUCUAUUGCUGUGCAUGUGGGACUAUGUUGUCCACAUCCCUGUAAAUUCUUGAGAGGUGGACAGUCAGUGGGCAGUGAGCAGGAGUCGAGAUGUGUUCUUUCUGAGGAAUCCAGUAGCCCACAGCGUCUUUGAUGGCUGGCCCUCUGGCCCUCGGCACGCCACUGUUUGUUCUGGCUGGGAGUAUUUAGACUGGCCAGACCAUCCUGGGACGCAGGUCAGCGGUCUCUCCUGUUUGGAAUGUUGCUGAGGAAUUUAAAGACGUCUACUCUGAGGAGAUCACAGUCUCACUGGGACAUCCCUGACUCUUCACACAUUUGCACACAUGCUAAUUCUAUAUAGUCAUGUACUAUAUUUGACUCUGAGUGGGUGCCCUGUCUAUGAAGGACUUCACUGGUGUUACCAUCGUUAUUUUGGCAGUAAAAAGCCCAUAAAUUCACCUGUGAACAUUUACCCAUUCACAGUGCAAUGUCUUGUUGCAAACACAUUUUGUGCACAACAAAUGACUGAAAAAGCCACAUGUUGAGAUUAGGCUGUGUGAUUACCAGUUUCAAGGGUAUUAUCUAAUACUUAUCCAGUCAAACUCUGCAUUUAACUCGACAAUUGUAAUGUGUGGCCUGUCAUGUUUGGCUUUAGAAGUCCCACCAUAACCAUAGGUGCCGGAGCUCACUCUGAAUUGUGUGGUGGCUAAAAUGCUGGGACUGCAGGUUACGGUUGGGUAAGACAAAACAUAGUGAAUGUUUCAGAACCAUGAGAAUAACACAAUCUAUAGCAAGAUGGAAAGAGGGGGGAAAAAGUUCACUCAUGACCAAAUGAGGAUCCAGUACACGUCGUAUGUGAUGUUCUCCCGAGUGGCGCAGUGGUCUCUAGCUGUGCCACUAGAGAUCCUGGUUCGAAUCCAGACCGGGAUUCGAACCGCGACCGGGACCGGGAGACCCAUGGGGUAGCGCACAAUUGGCCCAGGGUAGGGGAGGGAAUGGCCGGCAGGGAUGUAGCUCAGUUGGUAGAGCAUGGUGUUUGCAACGCCAGGGUUGUGGGUUCGAUUCCCACGGGAGGCUAGUAUGAAAAAAAUUUAAAAGAAUGUAUGCACUCACUAACUGUAAGUUGCUCUGGAUAAGAGCGUCUGCUAAAUGACUAAAAUGUAAAUGUAUAUUCUGAUAUGGAAAAAACCUACCGUGAGUAGGUGUGUGGGUUAAAAGAAAAAGAUAAGAAUGGAGAGAUAUUUUUUCAUUCCGCCUAAAUCAGGGUCACACAGUGUUUCUUGGUAGUCUUAAACAAAUCUACUUUGAAACAAAAGUAUACACCUCACACACAUAGUUAUGGGCUUAAAAAAAGAAGACACCUGUACCAUGUCAGAUAUAGAGUUGAAAUGUAUUCAACUUUGAGUUUGCAUCCAAAAAUUACACUUUAUAUACAUCACAGAAGACUGAAAUAUAAAAUAUAACAAAACCGUUUGACAUAGAAACACUGGAUUUUCCGCUGGUUUAUUGAAAGAAUGUUGACUAAUUAUGAAAGGAAGGUCACAUUUGCCCACACUGUUAUCUCUCUACUUCUCCCCUAGAUACCCAUGUGACAUGUUUGUUCUCAGAAGACUGUGUGCUACCCUGCAGCUUCAAACCCAGCGGAAAUGAGAUCAUCAGCUGGUACCGCCAGAAGGUACUCCUCCUCAGCCACUCCCAGCAGGGUGGAGACCAGCCGGACCAGCCUCCCAAGGACCACCGUACCAGGAUGUACCUGCUUCAGGACCAGCUCUCCCGAGGCAACGCCUCGCUCCACCUCAGCCAGUGUGGCAUCAAGGACCGAGGCCGCUACAGCUGUCUGGUCAACAGCACUCUGGGACAACAGGAGUCCUUUGUCAUCAUGAAAGUGGAGGGUUAGUUGUACCGCUGGCGCUAGUAUCGAGGCUAGAGUAUGCUGCUGAGUAUCCACUUCACAUAUCAAAUUCUUUCAGCAUAGCUUGUGGUAAAACACCCUCUGUCAUGAAUGUGAAGGGACAUGAAUCAUUGUUUGUCGACCAGCUGCAGCUGUAUUGGAGCUGUUAGAGCUAGAGCCAAAUUGCUAAACUGAUGCCAAGCCAAGAGUCAAGUAUUUGCUUUUGUUAUUGGUUUUGUGACUUUGCUGUACAAAACCUUUUGUAUGGUUAUUGCUCUCAAAUUCGCAGUUUGUAGUGAAACCACUCAAGGCUGUUACUCUCUAACCCUGGCUCUCUAUCAAUGCUAUUGCAGCUCCCAUCAAGAUGGUUACUAUGGAGAUAAGUAAGAACAGAGAGAUUCAGUGCCUGUCUAAGGAUAUCUUCCCUGCUCCCCGUGUGCAAUGGUCCACUCUGCCGCCUAAAGCCAACCUGAGAUCCACCACACAUAUGGCACCCAACACUGAGGGCCUCUACUCCGUUCAGAGCAAACUGAGAAUGUUUGAAAAUACCCUCACUUACGUCUGCACCGUUAAUUCCACAUAUGGAUCACAGUCAUGGAAGAGCUCACUGCAAGAAGGAGGUACGGCAUAAUUAGUAUUGUCUUUCUCUUCCUCUCUUUCUCUCUUGCUCUCUCAUUUUGCAGAUGCAUAGCUUAUAGUUGAUCAAUUCUCAUGAAAACAGUAAUACACUGCUGGGUGUGACUGUUAUGAUGACUAAGUGCAGAGCCAGAGACAAACCCACACAGAGAAACAGACUCAUUUAAAUACAGGUUCUCUCAACUCCCAGCCAGACUUGGGUGAUGCGCUGAUGCCUGAGAAAAUUUAUAAUUCAUUGAUUUCAGUGUAACACCCAAAGAAUAGAGCUCGCUAGCUUGUAGUCCUAAAAGCUUACAGUCCUCUGGUUCGUUCAGCCAUCCCUAUGGGAAGAAUACAUGGGGAAAGAAUAAACGCCGAAAAUAAGGUUUGAGGUUAACACAGGCUUAGGAGAUCUUAUACAUUUUGUUCUAUGAGAUAAUAGCAGUCAGUUAAUAUGACCAUUAUGAAUUAUGAAGCCUUUGUGAUUUGUGUGUUUUUAAUUAUUACAUAAAUUCGUCAAAAUUCACAAAAAGUCACGUUAGCUGAUGAAGAUUAUUUCAUAGAACAAAACGUAUAAGAUCUCCUAAACCUGUGUUUACCACAUACCUUAUUUUUGGUGUUUAUCCAAAAACCCUACAAAAAUGCCAUUCAUUUUCCUCAUAGGCUUUGUCCAACGAACCAUGGUUGAGUUAGUGCCUACAAAAAGACGCCAUUACUAUUUCUCUGUAUUAGGAAUUAGAGUACUAAAAUUGACGUUAACCUUCUUAUGAUGGGAUAAAGGUUAGCCAUUUUGGUCAGGGAGUUAGUCAACCAUGGUUUGCUAGUGCUGUGAUAAGAUAUUGUGUAAAAUAAUGAAUUUGAAUAAUUUAUCUAUACUGUAUGUUCGUCAGCUAGCCAGACAGUUUUAGAGGAAUGAUUCCAUGCAUUUUUCAAAUUAACUGUCAAUAUGCCAACAUUCCAUUCAAACAAUGUGGUCAAUCCACAGUCAUACACUGGCUGAAAUCAUUUGAUGAUAGGAUUUAGACAAGUUGUAAAUUGAACAUAAUAGCACUCACAGCUUUCCAAGAAAAACAUUUGAGACAUUUCUGGUCUGUUUACAUAUAUUCUAGAGGCUAUUUAUACAGAAAAUUGGUAUAGAACAUGUAUAAACUGUAUUUACAAUUAUAUGACAAUAUUUUAUGUUGACAAUAAUUAUAUUGGGCUCCCGAGUGGCGCAGCGGUCUAAGGCACUGCAUCUCAGUGCUUGAAGCGUCACUACAGACCGUGAUGGGGAGUCCCAUAGGGCGGCGCACAAUUGGCCCAGUGUCGUCCGGGUUUGGACGGUGUAGGCCGUCAUUGUAAAAAAGAAUUUGUUCUUAACUGACUUGCCUAGUUAAAUAAAUAUUACACCAUUUCUGAUAUAUCACAUGACUUACUUUCCUGCAUAAGUAAAAUCAUGAUUAUAUACCUCUACUGCCAUUCAUUCCAAUUAGAGUGGUUUGGAUUUCACCCUAACCAAUAUGGCUGCCAUUUUCACCCAGUCUGGACCUUUGGGGCCCGUGUAGCUCAGUUGGUAGAGCAUGGUGCUUGCAACGCCAGGGUUGUGGGUUCGUUUCCCACGGUGGGCCCUUAUGAAAAACGUAUGCACUCACUAACUGUAAGUCGCUCUGGAUAAGAGCGUCUGCUAAAUGACUUAAAUGUAAAUGUUUAUGACAUAGCCCCUCUAGUAAUUUAAUAGGAUCUCUAUGGUAACACCGCCCUCUAGUGUUUAAGAGAGUGACUAUAGCGGGAAGGCCGCUAAUGGACAGUGAUAUAUAUCAUUUACAUUUUAGUCAUUUAGCAGACGCUCUGAUCCAGAGUGACUUACAUAAGUCAGUACAUUCAUUUUUUUACUUUUUUGUACUGGUCCCCCGUGGGAAUCGAAACCCACAACCCUGGCAUUGCAAGCGCCAUGCUCUACCAACAAAGCCACAAAUAAAAUGCUUUCACCGGCUCACAAUUCAUAAACUUAUUUCAUCAACAGAGUUGAUUGGAGAGGCAGGGCGAGACCUGUCCAUCCCUUGCAUGGCUCCACAGAACCUCCAGAACUUCUCCCUCACAUGGACCUUCACCAGAACCAAUGAUGAGUCCAACGUCAUCCUCAGCUACGACAGCCUAACCAGACGGACCUCCAACCUCUGGGAGAGCCGGGUUGGACUGGAACAGGACCAAGUUUUGAUGGGAGACGGAUCCCUCCUUCUUCACAACCCAGAGAGUCAGGAACACACAGGAACCUACACCUGUACAUUCUCAGGCUUCCAGAACAGACACAUGGUCCAAACCCAGGUCACCAUCAGGUCAACAUUACAGCGGUCGUUGACAGGUACAUAAAAGUUAUACCUUUAAAAUAUGUACACUCUAUGUGCUUAUAAUGCAUGCAAGGUUAUUGAUGAUAAGUGUUCACAUCAUUUCAUAAUGCUGAAUUUUUCACACAUUUACCUUGUCCAAACGUCUAGAAAAUAUGCCAAAUGCUGGAGGCCAGGCUGAGCGUACAGGGAAAAGUCACUCCAAGAUGUGGGUGAUUGCUGUAGUAGUUGCAGUGGUUGCAGCAGUAACAACAGCUCUACUACUGUAUAGAAAACAAAGAGGUAAGUAUAAAGACAGGGGGACCCGGGCCUGCAGGGGGAGUACAUCAGCGUAUCAAAGAGACAUCUGCUAUCCUACUGUUCACGCUACUAUAACUAAUGUGAUGGAAAACCUGAGAGUAAAUUAAUCACUUCUGCGCACCAUGCAUUCUGUACUCAUACUCACAUGACAAUGAAGGAAGUGAUGACUCAUAUGAUUUAUGUAUUCCUUAGCCAACCAACGGCAGGCUAAUAGGACCACUGUGGAGGACACAGAGAUGCAGCCAAUGGAAACUAGUAAGUGUAGGCCUAUUUUAGUAGUUGUCAGGACUCAUCAUUAUAUGGCCUUUGUCUUAUUAUAAUCCAAUCCAACUAUCUUACACUAUAUAUACAAAAGUAUGUGGACACCCCUUCAAAUGAGUGAAUUCGGCUAUUUCUGCCACACCUGUUGCUGCCAGGUGUAUAAAAUCGAGCGCACAGCCAUGCAAUCUCCAUAGACAAAUAUUGGUAGUGGUACGGCUUUACUGAAGAACUCAGUGACUUUCAACGUGGCACUGUCAUAGGAUGCCACAUUUCCAAGUAGUACACUGGAGGGAAAUACUGCAGGCUUUAGAGUUAUUCCUUCAUUGGCUAAUACCUAUUGCCCUGCCUUACUAAUUGACCUCUCCAUCUCUCCCUCACAGUUAAAACAUCUGAUGAUUUGCCAAUGGAUAACUGCCAGCUGACAGCAGAACACAACAACGGCCAUACAUAGCUCUGAUUGACAAGACGUUCUAGAUGACAAUCAUAUGUUUCUAAUCACAGGCCUGACAUCAUCAAUCAAGCAUGCCUUUCUAGCUUCACUGAUAUUGAGAAAAUAUGCCCAUGGACCACAACCCACAUUUUUUGCUCAAGGGGGAAAAUUCAACCACAUAGGGAUGCAUUCCAGUGAUUUCAUUGGAGAGUGCCGUUCUACAAUGGAGUGCAUCUGUGUUCUAAGCAAUUGAAUAACUGUACAGUCUUCAUCAUUCACAUUAAAGUUUUGAAUAAAGUGUACAUUGUAGUAGUCAUCUGUGAGUGUCUGAACAGUUGCCAACUCUGAGAUGCCUUACCCUUCUAAGGUACCUAGCUAGCUACAGCAGGCUACCGAGACAGAAAUAGACACUGCCAUGCUGUUCGUAAUGAAGCGUAACAUUUCGUUUUAACAAUAUGGUCACACAACUUUGGUAUUCUGUAUAGGAGAAAAUGCUUAUGCUGUAUCGAUAUGUUUUAAGUCAAAUUAAAUUAGUGAUGUGACUAUAUUUUGGAUUAUACUGGUUAUGCUGUAUGUUUGAGUUGACCUGCACUUGUUUUUCUUUUAAGGAUUCACAAGCAUGAACACGUCUUCAAAUGGCAUGGGUUUGUUGACAUUUGCUUUAGUAAAGGUUUCAUAGACAUAGAAAGUGUUCUCCCUUAUUCAACUGUCUCUACAAAAACACAAAAAUAUAUUCAACUAUAUCAUUAUCUUAUGGCGUUGCAGGCAUAUUUUGAUAUUUAAGAUUGUGAAAAUGUUGUACAGUACUAUUAUUCCCUCGACACUCUAAGAAAAAAGUCUCUACGGGUAAGAAUACUACAAAUGUUGAUUAUCAGAAAUGUUUGAUUGCAAUUAUAUAACAUUAUCCUCUGGAAUCCAAACUUCUAUUAAAGAAUAUGUAAUUUUUUAUAUAUUAUUUUUAAUUUUUUAUGUCAAUGUCUUCCCUCUCAGUCUCUCUGGUGACCUGUCUCUACUGUGAGGACUGUGUGCUGCCAUGUAGCUUCAAACCAAAUGAAGACGAGGUGAUUCAUUGGUACAGACAGCAAACCCCCAUCCAUAGCUACUAUGAUGACAUUGACCAGUUACAAUUUCAGAAUGAACAUUUCAGUGGAAAUACAUCUUUGUUUAAAGACUAUAUAAAUAAUUGAUUUUUAUUUUCAUAUAAAUAAAUCACUCCUACUCUGGAGGGUAGAUGUUACAGAUGAGGGCAUAUAUAAGUGUUACACCAGUACCAUUAUGGGUAACCAGGAAACCUUUGUGGAUGUUAAGGUGGAAGGUUAGUUGCUGCUGUUACUGUGGGAAAAUGUCUGAAGUAAGUAGUGCUAUGUUUUAUCAUGCUUAUAAAAGCGUUUCUUAUUUUAAUUUAUUAAACAGAGAACACUUUUUUCUCUUUUGCAGCUCUCAUCCAGUCAGUGAGAAUAUAGAUUACUGAGGAGGUGGUUUCCUGUUAAUCUCAGAACAUCUAUCCUGCCUUUCAGGUGGCAUGGACCACAGACCCACCAUCUAACCAAAAACACUACAGAACUCCACCAUCAAAACCCUCGACUCCAAAGGUCUGUACACAGUGGAGAGCAGAGUGAGGAUCCUGGGUAAUGUCUCUGACCACACCUACUUCUGUUCAGUCAUCUCUGCAGACAAGGCCCAGGUGUGGACCACCUUCAUAAAGCAGACAGGUAUUCUGAUCCUUCACCCAUUUAUCAAAGUCCACCAUAACAAUAUUAAGGCCCAUAAAGUUGGACAAAACCAGCCUGUGACACUUUGGGUGAAUGUGUCUCUAUUUCAGAGGAAUUGAUUGGAGAGAUGGGGUGAGCGCUGUCCAUCCCCUGCAUCGCUCCACAGAAACUCCAGAACUUCUCCCUCACAUGGUCCUUCACCAGAACCAAUGAGCCCACAAUGAGCCUACGACAGCAGAACCAGACUGAUCUCCAACCUCUGGGAGGGCCGGGCUGGACUGGAGCAGGACCAGGUUCUGAUGUGAAACGGAGCCCUCCUUCUUAACAACCCAGGAAGACAGGAACACACAGGAACCUACACCUGCACAUUCUUAGGCUUCCAGAGCAGACACAUGGUCCAAACCCAGUUCACCAUCACAGCCAGAUGAGCCACUGCAG